GAACAUUCAGACUUUUGUAAAUACACAUAAAUUGAUGACGUUCAGCGCAUCUGUCAAAAUCAUUUGAGGAACAGUCAUACUUUGUAUAUAUUUAUUUUCUAUUUUCCCACUCAAUUCACAAGAAAUAAAGAUGUUUUCCGGCGGAGGCAACAUGGAAAAACAUUUGUUCAACUUGAAAUUUGCUGCGAAAGAUUUGGAGCGCAAUGCCAAGAAAUCAGAAAAGUCAGAAAAAGAAGAAAAGGUCAAGUUAAAAAAGGCUAUUCAAAAAGGUAACCUGGAAGGUGCUAAGAUUCAUGCAGAGAACUCCAUCCGACAGAAAAACCAGGCCCUGAACUAUCGUCGCAUGAGCGCAAGAAUAGAUGCAGUCAGUGCAAGAGUGCAAUCAGCCCUCACCAUGAAACAGGUGACAGGAUCCAUGGCAGGAGUUGUGAAAUCUAUGGAGUCUGCAAUGAAAUCCAUGAAUCUUGAAAAGGUCUCUCAACUUAUGGACCGGUUUGAGACACAAUUUGAGAACCUUGAUGUUCAGUCACAAGUCAUGGAGAACACAAUGUGUAACUCAUCCACGCUGUCCACACCACAAGGUCAAGUCGACAGCCUCAUGCAGGAAGUUGCAGAUGAGGCUGGUUUGGAGCUGAACAUGGAUCUGCCAUCUGCCGAGCCAUCUACUGUUGGCCAGUCCACAGCGGCUGCAUCAGGGGAACAGGAUGAGUUGUCACAGAGAUUGGCCAAGCUUCGACAGAUGUGAUUCAUGAACAAAUGGGACAAUCAGUGUCGAGAUUUCAAUAUGUGCAAGAGCACUGUAGAUCAGAAAAACAAAACAAAUUGUGUCGCAUCAAACUUACUCUUUAAACCUAGCAUUUAAACCUACUACAGUCACCGAAAUCGUCUUUUUGAUGGACCAUCCCAAAAUCAUACUUUACUUCUUGGCAUAAAAAAUGAAACUAACCGUGCUAUGUAAAAAUCAGGACUUGAACAAGCUCUGCCAAAAUUUGCAGGACUUGUGCUAAGUUCGAUCACAGUUUUUAUCAGUGAAUGAUUUUUCUAUACUCUUAUAGAAGUGGAAAUUUUCACUCUGGAAUAUAUAGAUAUUGUACAUACAAUGCAUUAACAAUUUAGUUACUACUAUUAUGGUAAGAAUACCAUUAAUAGUGUGGUAUCAAUUCUUCAUAUACUGUUAAGAGUCUAGUAUAUGUUUUUUAACAAUAUUUGAAUUAUAUCAUUGACUUUUUUAUCUAUCAAACUGUAAUGCUAUUCUAAUACCAAAGCCGUUAUACUGGUAUAAAUGAAUGCAAUAUUGUUUCUAAUAUAUUCAUGUUAUGAAAAAUAUGGUUUAAAGGCAGCCAAGCAUAUAAAAGUAAAUUAUACAUUGCUCAUCAUUUGGAUUUGAUAACAUUAUCAGUGCUAAAGUUGCAAAAUGACAACAAAAAGGAAACACCUCUUGUGAAAAGUCUAACUCUAUAUGCCCAGUUCUAAUUUUAGAAUGGAAAUUCUACAUAAACCGUAAAAAAAUAGUACCAAAUAUAUCUAAAAAAAAGAUCAUUUUGAUUCUAGCCAGAAAUUGACCCGCCAUUUCUUUACUUAUUAUUUUGAGGGAAUUAUGCCAAUAUAUGCUUUUUCUGUCAUUAUCUAUUUGCUUUAUUAAAUUCUUUUAUAUCUUUAUAAAUGAGCUUGGCUGCCUUUAAAUGCCAUUAAAAAGUUAAUUGACAAUGUCAUCAUUUGAUUUGGCUAAGGCCAUAUAGAAUAGAAUCAUUGCCAUUAAAGAAGUUGCAAAAAUUACUAAAAAUAAUUGGUUAAGUUUAAUUAUAUGUUCAUGUUCAUGCAUCAUUCAAACAUGGCAACAACAUGCAAUACCAAGGGAAGCAACUACAGUGCGGAUAGCGAUACCAAGGGAAGCAAGUCAGUCGUGUGUUUCGGAAAAUGCCGACCAGAGACUAGUUUGUAACAAGAUUACCAGCAUAUGAAACUGAUUUAUUUUUAAUAAUAUAUUGUACAACACUUAAAAAUUAUUGAUCUUUAUUAUCAUUAUGCAAUAAUUAGGUUUCAAAUAUGAUUCAGUUCUAUUUUAAAGGACCAGCCAAUGCUUUUUGUAUUUGAACAAAAAUAAGAUGAUGACUUUGUGUACAUGUUGACCUGUGCAUUAAUUGUGUGAAUUUUUGUCAGAUUUUAAGGUGGUCUUUUUGUACAAAAUAUACAUGUUGGUCUUGGAAUACCUAGGUACAUAGUCAAUAUCAAAAUGUUGAUACAAUUGUACAAUAAUUAGUAGUGAUACUUAUAAAUGAUAUAUGUGUACAUUGUCCAUAAUUCUUGACUUCUCUUGAAUAACUUUCAAUAUGUGAUUGUUGAUAUAUUGUUUUGUUGUAACUUGUGAAUAGUGAAACUGGUUUAUAUGAUUUUUUGUAUCUGAAAGUAAUGAAUAAAUGAUGAUAUGUUGUAA